AUGGCUGUGCAAAAUAAUUUAUGCAUUCCAGAUCUUAAGGAGAAGUCAGAACAGGAAUACGGGGUGUCAGUAGAGGAAGAAUUUGAUUACUCAAAAAGGGGACAGUGGCUGCAUGCAGUUAAACAAGAUGUGAGAGCCAUGGUUCCUACAGGCUUUGCUGACUUAGUUGCUGGUGUAUGCAGUAUGACAAUUGGUGAGUUUGUUUCAGUCUACUCCCAAAGAUAUGUAGAGGUGGCUCCGGUGAAAAGAGAGACAGUAACUGUGGAAAUCGAGAAAAAUGAGGAAACAUCACCAACAAUUGGACUUGCUGGAAUAGGAGAGGCUGGUGAAGUGUCAGUCGUGGCAGUUAUAGUAGUCGAAUCAACGAAACCAGUAGGAGUUGUAUUGUCACUAUUGUCAACAGUAGCAGUAGGAGCUGCGUUUUCAGUGGUGUCAACAGCAGGGGGAUCUGAUGACGACAUGACUGGUGUUCUUGGCAAGUGA